GUUUUUAAUUUCAUAAUACAUAAUACACCUCAUACGCCAACACCUUUACCACCACACAGCAACGGUAAUCGCACUUUGAAGGCUUGUUCGAUGCCCUCAUGUUGCGCACAUCGUUGCGAUCUGUCAGGGCCGUAGGCAGCAGGCCCGUUGCUGCUGCCUCUGCCCGUCAAUGGCAGCCCGCGAUCGCGAGAUCACCCGCCGUAGCUGCAAGGAGAUCCUAUGCCGAUGACAAGAAGCCUUCGAUAAAUGACUCGACGCCUGCAAAGCUACCCACGUCCGAGACAAAUACUGCUGCCGCAAGCGAUCCUCCCGCACUCAAGACGGAAUCCAAGGUUGCUUCUUCCACAAUCGGCUCUAAGGAUGUCCCUCAUACGCCGCCUCCAGCUCCGCCCACAUCAACAAGGAUAGAGACCAAAGCGCCUCCUCCGCCGCCUGCGCCAGUCAGGAAAAAGAAGGGCUUCUUCCGUCGUCUGCGUAAUUACCUCCUUACUUUAAUAUUCUUAGGUGCAGUAACCUUUGGUGGUGGCAUAUGGUACUCGCGCAUAAGUGACAACUUCCACGACUUCUUUACCGAAUAUGUGCCGUUUGGUGAACAAGCAGUACUUUACUUCGAAGAGCUCGAGUACAGGAAGCGAUACCCCGGAGGUCUUACCAUUGGUGGCCGAAACAAAGAUACCGGCGCCCAGGUCAAAAUCUCCCCUCAAAGCGGUGCGUCAUGGCGAGUAGCAGAUGCCGGCGAGCCCGCAGGCAGACAAUCUAGCGCGGUGCGGGAUCUCGUCGCUAGUAAGAGCUCUGCUUCUGGCCCCGAAAAGAAGGACGCUCCCGCAGCUGAAAGCAAGAAGUCCAAAGCGAAGCCUACUGAACCACCAAAGGGCGCUUCCCCGGAACCUGCUAAGGCUGUUGAGAAGCAGGCUUCCCCGCAGGCUCCAGCCAAACCCGACUCAAAGAAGGAAGCCCCAGCUUUCAAGGCACCUGAAGUUGAUGAGCCCUCUCGAUUUCCCCCUGCUAGCCCUAUCGACCCCCUGAGUGUCAAUGAUGCAGAUGUCCCCGUGGUCCAGGACCUAGUCAAGAUGCUCAACGACAUUAUCACGGUUGUGAACGCCGACAAUGCCGAUGACCGUUUCUCCUCUACCAUUGGUAAGGCUAAGAACGAGCUCAACAAGGUCGGCGCGAAGAUCCGAGAACUGAAGGCCCAGGUUGAAAAGGAUGCUGCCUCGCAAGUCUCAGCUAAGGUCAAGGAGUUCGAGGGCGCUGCUAACGAACUGGUCUUCCGUGUAGAGAAGGCAAUGGAGGCGCAAGAAAAGCAGUGGAGGGUAGAGUUCGAUGAAGAGAUGAGACAUGUUCAGGCUGCCUAUGAUGCGCGAAUGAAGACGGAGUUGGAGCGAGAAAAGCAGAUUAACGAGCAGAAACUCAACAACCUACUCCUAGAGCAAGCAGUUGAUCUAAAGCGACAGUUCUUGAAAGAGGUCAAGGACCGAGUUGAGGAAGAGCGAAACGGCAGACUUGGCAGGCUCGAGCAAUUAAGUUCAGCUAUCAAGGAGUUGGAAAACCUCACGACAGGAUGGAAUGAUGUCGUGGACCUGAACCUCAAGACUCAGCAGCUCCACGUCGCUGUUGAGGCCGUACGCGCAAGUCUCAACGAUGCCGAGCACCCGCGACCAUUCGUUCGGGAGCUCGUCGCGCUAAAGGAGAUCGCUACGGACGAUGAAGUGGUCAAUGCGGCUAUUAGAUCGAUCAACCCGUCGGCGUAUCAGCGAGGUAUCGCGACACCUUCCCAGCUGAUCGACCGAUUCCGACGCGUGGCAACUGAAGUGCGCAAGGCGAGCUUGCUUCCCGAGGACGCCGGUGUCGCAUCGCACGCGUCCAGCUGGCUGUUGAGCAAAGUAAUGUUCAAGAAGCAAGGCCUCGCCGUCGGUGACGAUGUCGAAAGCAUCUUGACCCGCACCCAGACUUACCUUGAGGAGGGUGACCUUGACGCCGCCGCUCGCGAGAUGAAUGGUCUUCAGGGAUGGGCGAAGACGCUCAGCCGGGAUUGGCUAUCCGAGGUUAGGAAGGUCUUGGAAGUGCAGCAGGCGCUGGAGGUAAGAUCUCCCCUUCCCCUUUUCUCAUACGAUUUUUCCUAGGUUGGGACUAUCAAUGCUAACAAAUAUUAGGUCAUCGCUACCGAAGCCCGCCUACAAAGUCUAAGGGUAGAAUAAAAAUUUCCUAGGAAGUCGAACAUGGCCCGGGGGAAUAGAGAAGCAUUUUCUUUUUACUUUGUCGCCCGUCCUUGUACAUUUGUAUCCACUUACCUACCUACCUACCAACCGACCUACUUGACCCUUUUUCCUAGAAAAAAGUAGAGAUGAGAAAGGGGGGGAUGGAUGGAGAUGGAAAAAGGGGAAGGGGAAAAGGGGCUGCUACGAUAGGCCUGUGUAUAAGAUAAUAGCACUCGAGAAAUAGACGGUCAAUAGGCCUGCUUUUAAGUUGUUUUGA